GAGUCGUCUCGUCAUGUCAAAAAAACUCCAGUGGAUCUCUUUAAUAAAAAGGAACUGUACUUCUACGGUCUACAUGUCUUUAUGAAGAAAACAGGGUGGCGUUUUUAUAACUUAGUCAAACGACAUAUUGUAUUAACCAAUUUCUCAAGAGCUUUUAUUCACACAUUUAAGACUUUCUACUUGCAGCACAAUGUAGAAAAGACUGAAAAUUCUCAACAAAUGUUGCAAUAUGUAAUUUAAUAUAAUAAUGAGAUUAUGAACAUGCUAGCAAUUUGUAAAUAUCUUUUUUAUAGUUCUAUAUUUUUAACGAAUUUGUGUUCUCCAUCAAGCGAGAACUUACGGUAGAAUAAUUAUUUUUGAUUGCUGUUGUUCAUUGCUACCCUAAUGUUUCUUGAAUGAUGUAAAAUUAAACUUUUAUUUUACUUGUUUACUUUAUGAUCAUCAAUUUUAUCAAUUAAUUCUAUCAAUAGAAAAGUGCAAACGAAUACAUGACCUCUUUUUUCAUUCAUGCGGUAAACACAACAACAGAAAUCAAUAUAUGAUAUCUUAUUUAUAUUUUUAAAAGGGCUGGUUACAUAACGUUUUAUUUAUAUGCUUUCAGUGAGAAAAUAAAAUAAAAAUCUAUAUAUUUUUUUUGUUUCCAGUUCUGAAUGGAGCAGAGGGCUCAGAAAGCAAACGACCAAAAAACCAGCUAGGUCACGGAAUAAAGGACCAAUCAUUAUCUCUCAGGGAUAGAGAUGUUAUUAAGGGUUUAAGAAACAACAAUUUUUAUCAAUCAUUUGUUGCUGUAUACACAGUUCUUUAUUUUAGAAUGAAUUUUUAUUCAAUACUUGCUAAAUGCGACAUAAAAUGAUUACGAUUCUUGCAAAAAUAUGUAGAUUGUAAGUCCGGUAAGACUGUUUUUUGGCAUAUAAAGCCGAUGUUUUGUACGCAAAGAUCAGGGUUAAGAUCACAAUAAAACUUGAAUAUAUAAUUUUAGAAAGCGCAUUGAUAGCCGUAUCCAGUAUAUCAGUUCCUUCUGUUGUUCCUUUUGAAUGUAAGUCAUGUCCAUACUGUAAUAGAGUUUAAAAUAAUUUGCCUUAAAUUUGGAGCACUUCUAAACCAUAUUCGAUUAGAGACAACAUGUAAGUAACUUAAAGCUGAAGAUCACGCUUUUCCUUCAUUGAUAAUAUUUCAAAAAAGUAUUUUGAUGUCCAUGUCCUGUCAUCAGUUCCACCAUUCAUUGAUGGAAUGAGAAAUAACCAGGCAUUAAUUUGUGGCGCAUAGAUAUGACUUGUCAUGCUUAAAUGCCAAGUCGUCAGUUAAAGAUGUCAAUUUAAUACAGGCUUAUGAAAUUGACAUCGAUGUUUGUAUAUGGUCAUAUCGUUUUCAUUGAUUUGUGGAUGUUUUUUGAUAAAUGGGCAUAUUGGGCAUAUAAGAAAGUGUUUCUUUACUUUUGUAAAAAUAUUUUAAAUGUUACUAUGCCGUCAAUAUGAGUCAAAAGUCAUGAUUCAUUUACUGGACCCCGCUUCGGAAACAAUCGUCCGUUUAAACGAUAAUUUCUUGUUUAAUAUUAUAACGACUGAGGGCUUUUUGAGAAAUAAAAUAAUACAUUUGUAAGUGAAACACAAAGUAUCAGAAGAAAUUGAGAUUAAUUGCACUAUACGUAUACUCAAUUAUAAUUAAAUUCGCGACAAAACCAAAGUAAAAAUUCAUCAUAGCUUUCUAACUUAAUCGAAUUAUAAGAUGUGUACUUUUAUGAAAUUUACUUUAUUUAAAUUCUAUUUAGUUUUUUUUUAAUUUUCAGGUACUCCUCCUGAAUUUCAAACUGACUGGACAAAAGUUUUCUUACAGUUAUCAAGAUCGUUUUCUGCAACACGCUGGAAAUUUUUUGCAUUGGAAUUACUAAGCAAUUGUCAGGAGAUGGUUAGAAGCGUUGAUGAUACAGUUAAUGAAAUUGAGCUAGAAGCAAGGAAUCAGCAUACAGAAGGUUGGGUCUUUUAUGCGUAUUUUAAGGUAUUCAAUAAAUGGCUUAACAAUCUUGGAAGUACAAGUGCAACCUUUGAACAUAUCAAAGAUGCUGCUACUCAUGCCUUGGAUUCAGGAGAGGAUAAAAAACUGGUUGAUAUUAUUAAAAGGAACCCCCCAAUGAAAGUGACAACGCCAAUGCCUUUAGUCCCUUACAACUUUAACGAAACAUUUGGGAACAACACUGCACAUUCUCAACAGUAUAUGGCAUUACAUGAUGAUGAAGGACCAGAGAAUUCUAAUUUUGCGAGAAAAUUAUAUGUCAGAUCAAGACAAACACAUAAGUUUCAAGUGGCCCAUUGCUCCUACUGUUCUAGGUAUACUACAAACGAAGUAUCAAAUCUUCAGGAAACAUCAGUUCAGUUAAACAAAACAAGUGUUGAAACUAAUUGCAAUAAUAAUGAUAAAAAUACUGUCAAACAAGAGCGAAUUAAAAAACGAAAGAAAGAUCAAUCAAAAUCAGAAUCACAGCAACAUAAACGAAGUAUAACUGAACAGUAUAUAAUUGAAAAUGCAAAACAAAAUUUGCUUUUAGAUUCUAUACCAAUUCGUCAAAAUGAUUAUGACAUGUUUAUGCAUUUUGUUAUAGACCUUAUCUCGAACCAAUGUCAUGUUAGUAAAGAAGUAGUAUUAUCCAUAACUUACGAAUGCUUCUAUAAAACUCAAGAAAUAAAUACAAAUGAAAAUGAAACUUUAUAUAUCCUAAAGUGGGGAAGGACAAAUCUUUGUAUUGGACAAGAAGUAUACGAUGAAUUAGCUGUUUACGGGAAUAUCGCACGACCAAAAUUGCUGAAAUAUCUGGAGGAGAAGAGUAUUGACUGUGAUAACACCACGUUACUGUUCAUAAAAUUUGAACAAAUUAAACAUAAAGAAGAUAAAAGCGUAAAAAAUCAUGCUGAAAAAGAAAAUAAUGCCGAGCAAAAUUUCCAAGUUAAUAGUCAAAAUGGUCCUCCUAUUGGAUUAUGCCCUGACGUGAACGAAUCUGAGGAACCAUUCAACAUCAAAACAAGUCUCAAACAAAACUCUUUUGGUCAGGUUUUUGAGCCUGAAGAAAAAGUAGGGACAACAUCGGUUGAACAUGGACAGAAAGAAUUAGAUAACAAAGCAGAGAGAGAACAAGAAACAGUGAAAAAUAACGGGAAAGAUGAAAAAGAUACAGACAUAGAAAAGGAAUUAGAAAGCAUUAAAGAAUCGUUUUUCCCGGAUGGUGAUGAAACAUAUGAUUUACCGAAUGCAGACAAUGUAGCCUAUAUAUUAAAUAAUUUUAUGGAUCAGGACUAAAACAACAGUCCUAAAGAUAGCACGUGCCUAUCUCAGUGGGGGGGGGAUAAACUGUCUAAAUAUUCUAAAUACUUGCUAUAUUUGCUAUAUAAUACUUCACUGUUUAAAUAAGUUGUAAUAAGCACAUUUCUUACAACUUUAAAGUACUCUAUUUAACCCUGAUGCUUAUUGAAAAUGUUUACGUAAUUAUCUUUGUUUUAUAUCAGAGGUUCAUACACUGAAUAUAUACCAUAAUUAAUUAAUAUACUUUAGAAUAGUUUACUUAAGAAAGAGACUUAAGACGGAGGAAACAAUUUACUUAAAGAGGAAACAGUUAAUGUAAGAAAGAGAAGAGAAAAAGUUUACUUAAGAAAGAGAAAACAGUUUUGUUAAGAAGGUGAAAUUGUUUUC